UGAGUUUUCUGCCUCUCGACAAGCUAAAAAAAUAGAGAACUUUAGCAGAGGACGGGGCAGGCCACCCAAGAGACCCAAGAACGGUCUCAAACGUGACGACGAGCUCUUGGUGUCCACCAAAACUCCCGAAACAAAACGGUGUGUCAUCAAGCUUCAUUUGAUAACCAAAGACAGCCCGUCUAAAAACUGUAAAAAUAAAAACUCAGUUGACCCUGAGUAUUUUGAAAGGACGCCUUCUUUAUGCGCUCCUCCGCCCGCCCAACCUUCAGGGGACUCGUAUGUACAGUUGAGUGAAGGAAAGCACCUUACAGAUGGGGAAGAGAAGAUUUCUCCUUCUAUGACGGAUGACAUAUUCCUAACAGACUCUGACAUUAGGAGGAACAGAAGAAGAUCCGACACAAAACCAGCUGGAGCGAUGCCAAGGAGGGCAGAUGGCCAACGGAGGAGAAGUAGAGUUUUUCAUGUUAAGACACGGAAAAGUGGAAAGGUGACAAAAUCUAUGGACGAUGCUGAUUUGGCUGUGUCACGCUCCGGCUCGUCAGGAAACGGCUCUUCCAGAUCCCUGCUGCGCAGCUACUCCUGCCCGGAGAUCCCGUCCCUCCGUCCCCACGACUCUCCCUGGUCGCCGCCUCUGCAUUCAUCACAACACAGCAGAACUCACUCGUCGCAUCACCACGGUCUGCUGCGGCGGUCCCUGCGGCGGGCCCGUCGGCACACCGUCUGCAGCGUGGAGGUGGAGAGGGAGCUGGCUCCUCUGUGUCUUCGGAAGGAGGUGUACCCGUCCAAACGAUCCGCCCCCGUCACCCAGCACCUGUCCGGCGGUCACACGCACUCUCCCAGCACUUCCCUCUCCGCCCUCGCCGCCUGCUUUCUGUCAAGUCCCCUGGCGUUCCUGUCCAGGAGGCUGGAGGGCAGGGGAGCUGCGGAAAGCCCCAGCCCUUUCAGUUGCCUUCCCCCUUCCUGCUCUUCCUCCCCGACAUCCCAGUUGAGCUCCCCCAUACGGCGUUCUCCAGGGUUAAUCCCAAAACUUGACUCUGGUGACAUCUUGGGAUCAAGUUGCAGCAGGGAGCCCUUGCCGUGUAACGGGGAGAGAAGACAACCGAGCGAGGAGGAGGAUGGCGAGGACACGAGCUCCUCCAGUCACGAGUUUGAAGAUGUCGGGUUGACGGAGGAAAAGGCUUUGUCCGACUCUGAAAUUAAGGUUGUGCAGAAGCAUGAGGAACAAAGAAAGGUGUCAUCUAUCAGAAUUCGGAGAACACUCCCCAAACCUCAGACCAACCUGACACCCAUGGGUCUGCCCAAACCCAUCAGGGUGAAAAAGAAGGAAUUUACCUUGGAAGAAAUUUACACCAAUAAGAACUACAGCAAACCCCCAGAGAGUCGGCUGGAAAGCAUAUUCGAGAUGCCUCUCACGCGAAGGGAUGGCUCCGAGGCUUGGUUUGGCCAGAGGCGUGUCAAGCGUUUUUUGGAGUUCUCGGAGGGCGGUGAAGCCAGAAAACCAAAGAAACCUCUGGUCGGCGUUGGAAAAGUAGGUAUUUCCGGUUCUAGGACGAGACGAGGAAGCUUCUCUAAAGACGGACCGUCCCUCAGCGCUCAGGACGUGGACUCGCUGCUCUGCUCAAAGCUCGAUCAGCUGAAAUUGUGGUUGGCACAUGAUCAGCAAGACAGAUGAUGGAAGCUUGUGUUUUUUUUGUUGUUUUUUUCAGUGUCAGUCAUUUGAGAGCAAUUAAAUUAACAGAUUAUACUAUUUAUACAAGUCUGUGCCGGUUCUUCGGAUGUCAGGUGAAUAGAUGUUGUAAUGGCAAGCUCUAAAUUGGGUAGUUAUUGUAUAGCAUUUGUGUACUGCAAAGUGAAGAACAAUACAUCUUUAGUACAGUAACUGUGUUGUCUCUUAGAUGAUGGUUACACAUGUGGUGGUAAAAUGUUAUUGCAUGUAAACCGUCAGUCUUUCAAUCAUUUUUCAUUUUCAGACUGCCGUCCAGUUGUUGCCUCGACCACUUUCCAUCAAUGAUUGGUGAAUCAAAACCAAUUUGGUUUGGUUUAAACAUUUUUAACAGUUUUGAUGUAAAGUUGGUGCGUUUUGGAUUCAAACUCUGCUUCGCUGUGAGGAUGAAAAGGCAGAUUACAUUUGAUAUGUUUCCAAAAACAGCAUGUCACUUGUGUUGUCACCUCACAGCGUCAAUGCAAGUUUUUCAUAAAGGCAGCUAUUAUUUUUAUUUUAUUAUUAUUAUUAUUAUUAUUAUUAUUAUUUAAGGCUGAAUUUUACUAGUAAAUGUACCAGCAAGAGAUUUGCAUUUGCUACAACCAGUUUCUCAGCCAAAUACAAAGAACUAAAACUGCGUUGGUGAUCUGGGUUGGCUCAGCGCAGAGCUCGGUGAAUUAGUUCCUUGUGUUUGAUUUCAUCGCUGUGGAGGUCAUAAUUUUAUAAAGCAGCAUGAAGACAAAAAGGCACUUUUGGGGAACAUUUUUCUUCAUAUUGGUGGUUUUCAGCAUUUGUUUUGUGGUGUUUAUACUUGUCACUACUGUACUCCUUGUUUUUGUUUUUUUUGUUUUGUUUUUUU